AUGCAGCUGUUCAGGCUCCUUGUCAGGAUGAAGGUGUUCCAGUUGGUCGGCAUUGCCGCCCUGGCCGUGCCCAUCAACACAUUCCUUGCAACCGGCCAUGUGGCCAGCACACAGGCGGUGAUGGCGUCGGCCCUGGUUAUGGGCGCGGGGGUGGCCUCCGGGGCACUAUGGUUCUACUCGCGGCGGUAUGUGGGCGAGCUGGCACUGCUUUCCGGCUCCCAGCCCGGGCAGCCGCCCCGCCUGCGGAUCUCUGUGCUGGACUUCUGGGGCAAGCGUGAGGACAACGACGUUGCGCUACAGGCGCUGGUGCCACCGCUGCAGCACUUGCCAGAGUCGGCGCGGCGAGCGAUGCUGCAGGAGCCGCUACUUCCACUAGAUGUCGAGGGCGACCGCCAGUACUUUCUGUCUGUGCGGUAUGGCAAGGUGGUGGACCCAGCUAUGCUCCAUGCGCUGCUAACGGGGCAGCUAGAGGGGCAGCAGUUGUCAGCAGAUUAG